AUGUUUUCUGUCUGUCUGCAUUUGAUCCCGACUCUUAUAAUUUCUGUCUGUCUGCAUUUGAUCAAGUCUCUUAUAAUUUCUGUCUGUCUGCAUUUGAUCCAGUCUCUUAUUCUUUCUGUCUGUCUGCAUUUGAUCUCGUCUUGUAUGCUUUCUGUUUGUCUGCAUUUGAUCCCGUUUUUUUUCUGUCUGUCAGCAUUAGAUCCCGUCUCUUAUUCUUUCUGUCUGCAUUUGAUCUCGUCUCUCAUGCUUUCUGGCUUUCUGAAUUUGAUCCGGUCUCUCAUGAUUUCUGUCUCUCAUUUGAUCCCGUCUCUUAUGCUUUCUGUCUGUCUGCAUUUGAUCCCGUCUCUUAUGCUUUCUGUCUAUUUGCUUUUGAUCUCGUCUCUCAUGCUUUCUGGCUUUCUGAAUUUGAUCCCGUCUCUUAUUUUUUCUGUAUUUGUUCCGGUUUCGUAUUCUUUUUGUCUGUCUGCAUUUAGUCCCGUCCCUUAUUCUUUCAUUCUGUUUGUCUGCAUUUCAUCCAGUCUUCCAUACUUUUCUUUUACUUUAUUUUGUCCCGUCCUUUAUUCUUUCUGUCUGUCUACAUUUGGUCCCAUCUUUAAUGCUUUCAAUCUGUCUGCAUUUGAUCUCGUCUCUUUUCUGUCUGUUUUUCUGCAUUUGAUCCCGUCUCUUAUUCUUUCUGUAUUUAUUCCCGACUCAUAUUCUUUUUGUUUGUCUGCAUUUCGUCCCGUCUUUUACUCUUUGUGUCUGUCUUCAUUUGAUCCCGUCUUUUAUUCUUUCCGUCUGCAUUUGGUACCGUUCCUUAUUUUUUCUGUCUGUCUGCAUUUCGUCCAGUCUUUAAUAAUUUCUGUCUUCUUUUGUUCCCGUCUCUUAUCCCGUCUCUCUGCAUUUCGUCCCGUCUUUUAUUCUUUUUGCCAGUCUGCUUUUGUCAUAUUCCCGCUUCUUUGUUGUAUCUAG